GUAUAACAAAAACAACAGCAACACUAACAACAUCAACAUCAAAUAUGAUGAACUUCAAACGCUAUAGGUAUGCUGUAUAUUAUUAUAACAUUAUUCACUAUAAUGUUAUGAAAAAAUAUUAAAUAAAUAUUUUUGAGCAUCAAAACUACACAGAACUUUUUAAUUUCGAAAGGGAUAUUUUCAAAAAAAAAGAAAAAUAAAAACAAAAAAUAUGUAAAACUUUCAUUUUUUUAUAUAUAUACAUAUAUAUAUACAGCUUAUAUAAUUCCGCAAAUACUCUUUACUAUUCUCAACUAAACACACACAAACACACAUAUACGAAUAAUUGCAAUAAUCUAACAUAUUAAUUAUUAAUUUAAAAUUUUAUACACCUGACGUAAAUUUUUUUUUUUUUUUAUUGAAUGAAAAAAAUCAAUUUUAAAAAUUAAAAAAGUAAAACAAAAAAAAUACAAAUUCUAAUCCUAAUGUAAAAAUUAAAGUAUUAAAAACUAACAUGUAAGCGAUAAAAAAGCUAAAAACGAAACAAAAAAAAAAAAUAGCAAUGAAAAAAAAUGAAAAAUUAAGUGAAAAUAAGGUCAAAUCAUUAAAAAAAGCAAAACUACAAACGAGAAAUAUAAAAGAGAAGAGAGCGAAUAAGAAAAACAAAAAAAUGAAUUAAAAAAGAAAAGCAAAUAAAAUAAUCGGAAACUUAGUAUUCCAAAUGGCUUGUACAUGUGAUAAUAAAUUGUGAAAUAAUAUUCAUAAAUCGAUAUUUAAUAAGGCAACAAAAAAAAAAAAUAAAAUAAUAUUAAAUAAAAUAAAAUUUAAUAAAAAAAAAAAUAAUUGAUAAUAAGUAAAACAAGAAAAAAGAUUGAAAAUAUUAAAAAUUUUAGUUAUUAUAUACCUACUCGUAAUUUGUAUACAACAUUAUUAUUAAAUAUAUACAUACACAUACAUACAUAUAUUAUUAUAUUAUAUACUAGUUAUUACUUAUAUACAUACAAAAAUUUAUAUAUAAAUAAUAUAAAAUUUCAUUAAACAAAAAAAAAAGAAUUUCAUUAAAAAUUUAAAAUUAACCAAUUUAUAUAAUUAAUUAAAAUAAUUAAUUUAAAUUUUUAAUAUAAUCGUAAAAUAUACAUAAACACAUACAGACACACACACAUAAAAAACAAAUAUAACAUAAUAAUUUAAUAUUAUAAAAUUAUAAUUAAAAGUAUACUACUGCAAUAAGAUUAUAGUGUAUAAUAGAAUUAAAAAUAAAACAAAAAAAAUAAAAAGAAAGUAUGGGUGACGGUAAAGCAAAUAUUCCACUAGUACAUAAGGAUGAUUCUAAUGGAGCUGUUAUUAUUCCAAUGGGCCUAACAGUCGGUUAUCAACCAAAUCAACAACAAAUAUCCAUGAUGGGUACUAGAAUUAAUGGUGAUUUUCUAGAAAAUAAUUUUAAAACUUCUGCAUCAAAUUUUGGCUCACAAAGCAAUUUAGUAAACGGUUCAAUUCCUGGUAAUCAUAUUUUAGCCCCAAAAAUACAUAAUCAUAGUCCUAAUGGAUAUCAAAAGAAAAAUACCAUUUCACUUACACAUCUUCCAAAACGUCCACCAGUCGAUAUUGAAUUUUCUGAAAUAUCAUAUUCGAUAUCAGAGGGUAGAAAGCGUGGUUUUAAAACCAUCCUGAAAGGUGUUAGUGGAAAAUUUCGUAAUGGUGAACUGACUGCUAUUAUGGGACCAUCUGGAGCCGGAAAAAGUACACUAAUGAAUAUUUUAGCUGGUUAUAAAACAUCACAAUUAAGUGGUUCAGUAUUAAUUAAUGGUAAAGAAAGAAAUUUAAGACGAUUUAGAAAAUUAUCAUGUUAUAUUAUGCAAGAUGAUAAAUUAAUACCAAAUUUAACUGUAAGUGAAGCAAUGAUGGUAUCAGCAAAUUUAAAAUUAGGUAAAGAUAUGACAAAACAAGCGAAACAUGUUGUCGUAGAUGAAAUAAUCGAAAUGAUUGGCCUAAGUGAAGCUCGUAAUACAAGAACAUUAAAUUUAUCUGGUGGACAACGGAAACGUUUAUCUGUUGCACUUGAAUUAGUUAAUAAUCCACCUGUAAUGUUCUUUGAUGAACCAACAUCUGGUUUAGACAGUUCAACAUGUUUUCAAUUAAUUUCUUUGCUCAAAUCAUUAGCACGUGGAGGCCGAACUAUCGUUUGCACAAUACAUCAACCAUCAGCACGACUUUUUGAAAAAUUUGAUCAUUUAUAUAUGUUAGCCGAAGGACAAUGUAUAUAUCAAGGUCGGGUACGUGGAUUGGUGCCAUUUUUAUCAUUAUUAGGUUUUGAAUGUCCAAGUUAUCAUAAUCCAGCUGAUUAUGUUAUGGAAGUUGCAUGCGGAGAAUAUGGAGAAUGCGUUCACAAAUUAGUGAUGGCUGUUAAAUCUGGUAAAUGUAAACAAUAUAGUCAAAAAGAAUAUGGUAUGUCGUCAUCAGUAACAGGUGCAACAUCAAAUGCAAUUGAUAUAAUGGCACAUCAGGUUGUUGCCGGAACAAAAACAAUAUCAAAUGAUAUUUUAAAAGGUGAUAUAAAUGAUAAGCAACAAAAUUUAACGGCAACAGUUACAGCAACAGUUGCUGUAACUGGUGAUGGUAUAACAUCAACAAAAACAACUACAUCACCUAAUAUAGCAUCCCCAGCACAAUAUAUACAACAACAGCAACAACAGCAACAACAUACAGCAAUAACACUGUCACCAUCAUUAUCAUCAAAUAAACUGCAAUUAAAACCACCGAAACUACAACAACAAGAAUCUACACAAUCACAGCAAUCUGACUGCACUAUUAUUAAUAUGCCAAUGACAAAUGGUAGUAGUGAAGAUGGUAGCGCUUGUAUAACAACAGCAACAUUAAAUAAAAAUCAAUCAACAACAAUAAUACCAAGUGGUGCAACAUGUACAACAUCAUUAUUAGAUUCAAGUGAAAGUGUUGUGACAAUACCAAAGAAUGCAACAUUCCCAACAAGUGGUUGGGUACAAUUUUGGAUAUUAUUAAAACGUACAUUCCUGACAAUAUGGCGUGAUCGUAUGUUAACACAAAUGCGUUUAGCAUCACAUGUUAUUGUUGGAGCUAUUAUUGGUAUGAUCUAUUAUGAUAUCGGUAAUGAAGCAUCUAAGGUUACAAGUAAUGCUGGAUGUAUAUUCUUUACAACUUUAUUUACAAUGUUUACAGCGAUGAUGCCGACAAUACUGACAUUUCCUACUGAGAUGGCAGUGUUUGUAAGAGAACAUUUAAAUUAUUGGUAUUCGUUAAAAGCUUUUUAUUUUGCAAAAACCUUAGCCGAUUUGCCAUUUCAAAUUGUAUUCUCAAGCGUUUACGUUAUUGUUGUUUAUUAUUUAACAUCACAACCAAUGGAUCCACAACGUGCAGCAAUGUUUGUGUUCAUAUGCGUACUAACCUCAUUAGUAGCACAAAGUUUAGGUUUAUUAAUUGGUGCCGGUCUUAAUGUUGAGGCUGGAGUAUUUUUAGGACCAGUAUCAACAAUUCCAACGAUAUUAUUUUCUGGUUUUUUUGUCAAUUUUGAUACAAUACCAGGUUAUUUACAAUGGGUAACAUAUGUUAGUUAUGUUCGUUAUGGUUUUGAAGGUGCUAUGAUAUCAAUAUAUGGUAUGGAUCGUGAAAAAUUACAAUGUUCUGAAAUAUAUUGUCACUAUCGUAGUCCAAAGAAAUUUUUAGAGCAAAUGUCUAUGGAUAAAGCGGAAUAUUGGAUUGAUGCUGUUGCAUUAAUUGGAAUAUUUUUUGCUUUAAGAAUAAUUGCAUAUUUUGUAUUACGAUGGAAAUUACAUUCCAUUCGAUAAAAAUUAUUAUUUUUAUUAUUAUCAUUAUUAUUUUCAUUAUUAUUAUUAUUGCUAUUAUUAUUAUCAUUAUUAUUAAUAUUAAAUAAGGAAAAGAAAAAAUUUAAAAAAAAAGCAAGAAAAAAAAAUUAAAUAUACUCAUAUUAUUAUAAUAGAAUAAUAAUUAUUAAAAUUGAAAUUAUAUUAUUAUUUACGAUAAUUAAGGAUAAACAACAAG